AUGGUGGACGAAAUGAAGCCUGCUGCAACGGCGCAGGCACCAUCUGCUGCAUCGCAGCCGCCGACAAUCGCGGUCCAGCCUUUGAUCUCCUUCUCCACAAUCGACGCGCCAUCUCAACGCUUCUACGCCGUUGGCACUGCGGUUCUUGUUCAGGCUUGGAAAUAUUCAAGCAUCUUCCGUCAGCUAUUAUCAUCCACACCAACCACAUCAAGAUCCUCAAUAGCGUUCCAAAAUGGUUCAAGCGGCCUGUCUCUUUCAACAGCGCUUUUCCUCAACUUUGCAAUCCUCUUUGUGCUCUCCCGCCUAGGCAUUCCUCUGCUGGAUCCACGCCUCGCAACAGCAAAAGCAGCGCCAUCGACUAUCAACGGCAAACAGCAACACCCUGUACUCCAGCCGCCAAAGACAGUCGGGCUCACCUACGUCCAUUACGUCGUCAUCUUCACCGCGCUCUCCGCCGUAGACGCGACACUUUUGGGUUCAGCAUCCACCAACCCGCUCAUCUUGUCGCUCAACGGCUUGCUCAACAUCCUUUCGGUAGCAGCGUCCCUGUUUGGCCUCAGUGUGCCCGCAGCUGGUGUGUUCCCAGACGUGCUCAGUCGCCAACUCUCCAUCAACGAAGGACACGUUCGCAUCCGUGACCUCAUUCACCCAAAAAGCCACAUUCUCGGCCAGCACACCAUCCACAUCCUCCCUCACAGCACUGCAAAACUUCUGCCUUCGAGUGCCUGCUAUUGCGUUGGACUGCACACGCCUCAAGUCACGGUGCCCGUGCUCUUCAGCAACGCGCAUCCCGACCUGCUUCAAUACUCUAUCACCGACUUUGCGACGGGGCAGCCGACCUACUUCAAUGUCAGCGUCGACCAUCUCAUCCCGUUCGGUGCUUCCAACAGUGAUCGUGGAGACGACGAGCUGAACGCCAUCAACGCUGCAGCUCGAACACGCUCCUCGAAGCAAGGUAGUCGCGAAAACGACCUGCUGGACGACGAGGAUGCGCUCGAUGAUCCCUCCUCUUUGCUCCGCGGGGUUUCCUACGCAGAGAGAGCUCGUAUCCGCGCUGAACGCCGCGCACAAUCGAUGGGUCAACGAUCCGCCAGCCUCGACACUCCAAAGACCAAGCGACUGCCAUCAAAUCGCAACGGCCAGCAGCUACUGUGGCACCUGCCAGUAACCCAGCCCGGCCGCAUUCGGCUUGAGCGCGUACUGGACAAGUCUCGCAAUGAUGCACGUAUCUCACUUUCGGAAGCGCUCGUCGUAUCUUGCCCAACCACCAAGCUCAUCCCAGCUGCGUCUGCAGCGGACAGCUUGACGAGCUCGCUUCAGACACAGCACAAGUGUCCUGGAGAUCGCGCCGACUUUGCCGCUCAGGUCAGCGGCGUUGCGCCCCUUGAGCUCGAGUAUCGUCGCGUCUUUGAUCCUUUGCCAUCUGCUGGUGGAUCGAGUCGUCAAAGUUCACGCCAGGACAACACGCGCAAAAUCUCCCGCAUCUCGCCUCCUCAUCACACCUCGCCUCUUCUCCUGCCCGAAGCAGAAGCGCUUCUCUCGCCGACAGAAAGGCUUGCGCUUGCACGUGAGCGCCUUCGAGCUGCUUCCCGUCGCAACGACGCGAAUUCCGAGGAUUUCUCGUGGGCAGUCUCGGUCGACGUGGACAUGCCGCUCAGCAGCAUCGAUCUCGAGCAACCGGGCAACUACACAUACGCACUGGAGAGCGUCACCGAUGCGUGCGGUAACCGUGUCGCUGUCCAUGCUGAUCGCCAUGCAGGUCUCUCGCUCACGCAGAAGGCUCGAAAGAAGAUCAAAGGCGACGGCGAGUCUACGGCGACUUACCAGCAGUCUGUCGUGGUUCACACCCGCCGCAACGUCGCCUUCGAUUCAAGGCAGUGUCGACCGGGCCACCCCCUCGCACUCCUGAGAAACGCCAAAGGUAUCGAGCUCACUAUGCAGUCCAGCCCGGACCUCGAGCAAGGCGGGGAUUGGGACGUCAAGAUCUCCUUCGAGCCAGACAACAGCGCUGCUGGCAAAGGUCUUUGGGCCCGUGAAGCUGCCAAGCCGACCGAGAUGCAGCUCAGCUUGCCUGCGCACAGCUCUCGCGUGCCUUUCACUGUCGACAAGCCCGGUACAUACCGCAUCGACGACAUCACAGGGCCGUUCUGCGCAGGAGAAGUUGGCUCACCCUGGACGUGCGAGGUAGUCGACGUGCCUCCCCCGACCGCCGACAUCAACUUCAGCAGUAUCGAAGAUCGAUGUGCUGGUCCAGUCGGUGUCAAGGCAAUGUCGGUACUCACGGGCAACCCUCCCUUCCAGCUCGAGUACGAGGUGACUAAGGAGGGUCGCCAUCCUGAGCGCAAGGUCAGAACCAUCUUCGACCAGACCCGCGAUGAGCUCGACUUCCGCCCCGAUGUCGAUGGUGCGGUCACAUACAAGUUCGUCAAGCUCCACGACAGCAACUAUCGUGGCAUUCCGCUGGACGGACCGUCAUUCACACAGGUCUUCCAUCCGCUGUCGAGUGCCGAGUUCACCGCGCCCAUCCGCGCCCAUGACGACCGGGCAGUGAUGCAGAGCUGCAGUGGCAAGCAGGCCGAGGCGGAUGUCCGAUUCAGUGGGGCGGGUCCUUGGGAUCUCACCUACUCCGUUCGAGCUGCCGAUAGCGUCGAGACCAAGGUGGUCGAAGGCAUCACACAGUCGCUGCAUACACUCAAGAUCGACAUUCCCAAGUCGGUGGCCGCCUCGGGUGGUCUGGUCACCGUCAGUCUGGUCAAAAUUCGUGAUGCACGAGGAUGCGAAAAAUCGCUGGCCACGCGAGAUCUCAACGUCGAAGUUCGAAGGGUGCAGCCGAGCGUCGGGUUCCUCCCGAUCAAGGCAGACAAGGCCGGUCGCCACCUUGAGGUGCUUCAAGGCAAGCCCGCAAAACUUCCUAUCCGCCUCAGCGGCCAAGGUCCGUGGCACGUCGAUUACUCGUGGAAAGCCAACGAGUCUGCCGAAGAGGUCGAUCUCACCGCUUCAGUGCAGAACGUCGACGCCGAGCUUUUGGCUGAGCAUCCUGGUCUGUACAAGAUCAAACAAAUCCGUGACAAUCACUGUCCAGGACUGGUGCUUCAAGGCCAGGAGGAUUUCCGCAUCAGCGUGCGACCGCAGCCACAUGUCCAGUUCGCCAACGACGCUGGCGAGUCAGCACGCAACGGUAGCCUUAUUCGCGCUCCAGUCUGUCGCGGCCAACCCGACUCGGUCGACAUCGUCAUGUCGGGACACUUCCCUGUCGACGUCGAGUACGAGCACAUUGCACCAUCGUGGAGUGCCAGCAGCGAGCCAGAGGCCGCCGCGCCUCUGGCUUCGGCCGCUCACGAAGUGUCGUUGCACGGCAAGCGUCGCAAGACUGCCUUCACUUCCGCACUCGGCAGCACGAACCUCGAGCUCUCGACUGCGCUGCCAGGCUGGCACACGUACGUGAUCAACAGCGUCGGCGAUGCUGUGUACCCGCCGUCGCGUCUGCAGGAAUUCUCGACAGAGUCACCGAGGCGGCUGGAACAGAUGGUGUUGCCGCUGCCUGGCGCGUCGUUCGCCAGCACAUCGUCGAAGCACCGCAAGCCUUCUCUCUGUGUAGGUGAUGGUCUCAACCGACUGGAAAGCCCGCCGACGCUGAAGCUGCAAGGCCAAGCACCCUUCACAGUCUCUUUCGAGGUGGCUCAUGCUGGCUCGAGCUCGACGUCGAGCGCAGGCAGCUAUCGCUUCACUCGUAGUGGCAUCAAGACAAACGAGUACAAGCUCGACCUCGGUGGCAAAGAGUUUGCCUUCAGCAGCAAGGGUCUCUGGUCGGUCCGCAUUGUUCAGAUCACGGAUGCCAACAAGUGUGAGACUGCUCCGAUGCAGGACAGCAAGCGCUCAGGACAGGAUGACAAGACGAUGGUGAUCGAAGUGGCCGAGACGGCCGACAUUGCUCCCGUGUCGACGCGAGAGGACUACUGUAUCGGCGAGAUGGUCGAGUUCUCGCUGCAGGGCAGCCCGCCAUGGACCGUGUCGUACGAGUUCAACGGCAAAUCGGCGCAAGCCGCCGUAACCACCGCCGAGUUCUCUCGCGUCGCUGAGAAGCCAGGCGUGCUAACGAUCAAGAGUGUCGCCCACCAACAGAACCAGUGUCGACGCGACGUGGACGCCCGCGUCUCGCAAGACAUGGUCAAGACGAUCCACGACCUGCCCAACGUGCGCAUCUCGGAAGGCAAUCACUUUGUCGAAGACCUCCGCGAGGGCAACCAGGCCGAGAUCAUCUUCAACUUCAAAGGUGUCCCGCCGUUCUCGUUUACGUAUCAGCGGACGGAGCCGGUGGACACGCACGCGAGACCCAAGGUGCUCGAGACCAACACGGUCAGUGGGAUUUUGGAGAAGAAGUACAGCAUCUGGGCGGCGGUAGAGGGGACGUGGAGUGUGACGUGGCUGCAGGACAGGUGGUGCCAGGUGUCGCUGGAUUUCCAUAGCGGUGCUGCUACGCCGCUAGGCAAGUCGAGGUUGGCGAUCAUGAACGAGGCUCAUUCGGACAGCUAG